CCCCCCCUCGCACCUCUCCCCCCCCUCUCUCUCUCAGUCCGCGCGGCACCGAGAGCGAGGAGAGCUGCAGGCAUCUCUCCGGCGAGAAUGUCCUCGGUGUCCAAUGUGGAAAAUCUGCCUCCACACGUUAUUCGGCAAGUGUGGAAGGAGGUGACGGAGCUGGCACGAGAGCCUCCAGAGGGCAUCAAAGUCUACCUGAAUGAGGAUGACAUCACAGAUGUGCAGGCUACAAUAGAGGGUCCAGAGGGCACUCCGUAUGCAGGUGGCAUCUUCCGCAUGAAGCUGGUGCUGGGUAAGGACUUCCCGGCAUCGCCACCUAAAGCUUACUUUCUCACCAAGAUUUUCCACCCCAACGUGAGCAGCAGUGGGGAGAUCUGCGUCAAUGUGCUCAAGAAGGACUGGAAGGCUGAGCUGGGCAUCCGCCAUGUCCUGUUGACGGUGAAGUGCCUGCUGAUUCAUCCAAACCCCGAGUCUGCGCUGAAUGAAGAGGCUGGCCGCCUGUUACUGGAGGCCUAUGAGGACUACGCCGCCCAUGCCAAGCUGCUGACCGAGAUCCAUGCCCUGCCAGCCAAUGCCGCACCCACAAAUGCGGGCCCCGCUGCCGAUGGUCCCUCUGCCAAGAAGCAUGCUGCCGACAAGGACAAAAAACUUGCUGCCAAGAAGAAAACGGACAAAAAGAGAGCGCUUAAAAGACUCUAGCAUGCACCUUCCAGCUUUGUUUGGUGUGUGUAUGUGAACAUCUUUAUACAGUAUGGAACUUCGUUUUUUUGCUCUCUUUACCACUGAAGACAAAACAUCUCUUGCGUGUACCACCAUUGUUCCUUCAUUGUCUGUAUCGCGGUCAGAAAGUGUGCCGCGAGGACCAGAGGAUGGUCUUGGAUUAUAAUUACGAUUAUGAUGUAAGGGCAUGUUCAAACAAUACUGUGUUGUUCAAAUAUAAAAAAAAAAGCAUUUGAAAGACACCAGUCAGUUGUAGCCCCUAUAUUUGAAGACCUUUUUAUUAGUUUUGAAACACCUCAUUGAAAUUUAUGAAACCAAAUGCAUGCAUCUGAAAACCUAUUUAUAUGUUCCCUAUUCGUAAAAUAAUCAGGUAAUCAAGAUAAAUACUGCACCGAACGGAAUAAUUAAACAAUGAAAUUAAAUUGCGUAAAAAAAGACUUUUCUGAGAAGGUAUUUAACAGUGGUGUGGCAACAAGAAUUAAGUUUUAUGUAAUCUCUGACCAAAAGUACAUGUCGGUUUUGUAAUUUUUCUUCCGACUUUUAAUUUUUAAUGAUAUCGCUGAUUAUAAUUAAUGUUGAACGGAAUUGUAAUGAGCUGUAAAAUGUAAAUCCAUAAACUCCCUUAAAAUUAAAUUGUAGGCUUUCCAAUCAUUAAAUAAUUGGUUUUUAUGAAGUAGGUUGUAAAAUGACAAUAUGGAUUUAAUGCCAUGCCUUCAUUUGUUUAAAUUAUUUGCUCAUGUUUACAUGUUAAUAUUUGACUAAUGAACAAGGGUGCAUAUUUUGUGUUGGAUGUGGUACAAAUAUCCCUUCUAGAGAUGUAUUGAUCAAAUAUCACUAAUUUUGCUGUUGUGAUGUACAUGUAUAGCUUGACAUUGAACUAUUGUCAACUGGAGUACUGGUUUAUUAAUCAUCGACUCGUCGUUAUAGCAAGUGGAAGGGGAAGAGUACUCUGUUCAGUGAAAUAAUACAUUACAUAUUUUCCAAAACCACUGACAUUUCUCUUAACAUUGAUGCUCUCAAUCAAUAUUACAAGUACCACAUCCACAAAAUAUAUUUCACGCAAUGCAGAACUGCACCGGUUAUUUGCGCAUUAAAAAAAUUGAUUGGAAAAUAAAAUGACAAUGUUCAGUCGCGUACAGCUGUUGAGGGUUUUUAACGGAGCAUUUUACGCACUGAAAUUUAAAUUUACCUUGUUUUAAUUUCGGUUUCACGGCAUGGCUCGAAAUUGCAUACUGUACUCCUGGAAAGAUCAGUAUAGAAUGUUGCUUUUAUAUUUUAAAACUUAUGUCAGUACAUCCGUAAAUGUGUGUACAGUUUUGUCUGAAAUUUCUUCUGUGAUAUUGUACAUUUUGUGUAAAGUCGAGGUCUGUUUGUAAUUGCCACGUGUUAAUUUGAAUCUUUUAAAACCACAUUAAAGUGCAUAUUUGCUUAAGUAA